AUGUUCCGUCGCAUCACCCUUCCGAUAGGCGCCAGUGCUUCCCUGAGCGCCUUACACAUGGCCGCUCGCGCGGGCUCCCACAAGCCCACGACGCACGACUGGUCACAGAUCUUUCCACUGCACAUGACCACUGAGGCACGCGCCGCCCUGCAGGCGCAGAGUCACCGCACCGUUUCCGCGGUAGUUCCUGGCAAGAUGUUCAUGCGCCACUGGAUCGUGGCGGAGCAGUCCACCGUGUCUGUCGUGAAUCGUGUCAUCUCGGGUAUGAUCGCGGUCUUUACUAUGAUUUGGGCGGCUGGGUACGCCACACUGGGCUACAAUGGACACAACUCCGCGCACGUAGCUGGGUGGAUUUUCAUCGCCUACUGGCUCGUACUGCACACGCACAUGAUGUGGCUGGCCCCCACAAUGCUCGGCCUCGCCCUCCUGGAGCUCGCGCUGAACUGA